AUGGUUCGCUAUGGUGGUCCACGGUUUGAAUUCUUCUUCACGCACCAAUUCCUUAACAACGAGCAGACUAUUCGUAAGGAGGAUGCGCAGCGUGUAGCGGCUAUUUUGCGCAGACGUGAACGGGUGAGGGCCGCAGAGGCCGCACGCGAAGAAGAGGCCAAACAGCAACAGUUAUCAGCGGAAGUAGAAGGAGAAGUGCCCUCCAAAUCUGUAGUGGAACCAACAGAACAACAACAACAACAAUCCCGCAGAGAAGUGACCGGCAAGUCCCUCACAGCUCUGCAGAAACGCGGACUGGCGGGAACGGCGGGAUGUGUGAUGUUCCCAACAGCGCGGGGCAUUCCAAUGCCGGAGGGACGCGGCGGGGCGCCGUACACACCGGGACUCGAUCGGCACCGCAUCGUUCCCACACAACUACAACGAACAUCACAACGCAGUCGAGCAGCCGCGGGUGCGUGUUGUCCAUGCGCCGCACUGCCGUCUGUGGAAACGACGGAGAGGAGAAAUGCGCAGCAGCGAGGCGAGGAGCCGAGCGGAACUCCAGCAGAAACAGCGACAAGUGUCGAAGAACGCGAAGAUGCGGCGUGGGUUGAGGAGCGCUCCCCGUCGGUCUUCUCACACACUUCCUCCAACGCCCCUAUUAGGGCAUUGGGGACACAACACAUGAAUACAAUAAGCACAAAGAAAGAAGUACAAGAUCAUCUCAGACGCUAUGGAGGAUCUAUGGUACCACCCAAGCGAGGAAGUAGAACCGCUACACCUUUUGAUGAUAUGACUCUUCCAGAGUUAACUACCCGUUUGGUUCGCAUGCAACAAAUUCUCCACUAG